AUGCAGCCUUCCACAAACCAUACUAUUUCUGUGUCCCGGCUCAGCGCCGUUUUGGCGCAGUGGCGGGCCGCUGCUGCCCGUGGAGACGCAGCAGCUAAGCAGUGCUCGGCGUGGGCUUGUGUCUUUGGGGAACGUAGCGUCAACACUCCCGAUAACCAGCGUGGACAGGCGGUCCUUCAGUACCUCCUCGAGGCGAAAGAGCCGAUAUGCAACACCGCCGCACUCAUCACGGAGGAUGUGACGCUCAUUCUUCACGGGGCAAAUGUGCGCGUUGCGGCGCCGCCGACAAAGCUCGAGGGUCACACCAUCGAGGUGGUCGAGGGGGUCGAGGCGGCGCAGGCGCGGGUCACUGCCCUGCUCGCCGGAAAAACGGUUGGUGCCCCGGUGAACGAGUUUGGGAUUCAGGAAGGCACAUUUGCGUCAGCCUUCACUGAGCUUGUGCGCGGAGCCGUGCCCAGCGAGUCGCUUCUGUCGGCUGCCCCUGUGCUGGGUGAGCUGCUUUUCGUGAAGGAUGAUGCCGCUCUCGGUUGCGUCGAGAAGGCAGCGGGGCUGUGCUGCGCCGUCUUUCGCCGUUACGCCCGCGACUGCAUUGCGAACGAGAUGUCGAAGAGGGACCCCAAAACCCUCUACGACGUGCGCCAGAUGCUGUACGCCAAGCUGGAGCGGCCCAACACAAUUCAAGCACUCGAGUCGCUCGCAGUGGACGAUUUUUCUCUCGUCACGGGACUGCCGCCGUGUCUAUUCCACAAGGGCACGUAUAACUCCCAGCUUAACGUGGACGAGGACACCCUCAAGACGGCGUGCAAUGUUCCGAUUCACGGAGAUGUGGUUGUUGUCCGAUUUGGCGUCAAGAACACAGGCUACACUGCCUUCUUUGGUCGCACGCUACUGGUGGAGUCGGCAGCACCAUCGAACGCGAAGGAAGCGUAUCAGUUCGCCUACGAUGUGAGCGCUAAGGUCAUGGAGCUCCUUGUCCCUGGUGCACGGCUGAGCGACGUGUACGCAGGCGUCAUGCAGUACGCCAGGGACCAGAACUCUGAACUGGCCGCCCUCCUAUCGAAAAACUUUGGCUUCUCUACGGGUCUUCUCGUCCUCGAAGCACGCGGAAACAUUUCGGAGAAAGGCACCGCGAUCGUCACCGACGGGAUGAGCUUCGUGAUACGCGUCGUGCUCGAGUCUGUCCCCAGCGCAGGCGGUGAGGACACGUUUGACAUGGAGCUCACCGACACGGUAAUCAUACGCGGCGGUGUGGUGGAGCUCAAGACAAAGGUGGCGCGCAAACUGGCGGAGGUUCUCUACGAAGACGUCGAUGAAACGGCCGCCGCGACGGAGGCCGAGCCUCCGGUGCGGCGUGACUUAAGCAAGAUCACUCGUCAGGGCCAGUCCGACACCGUGAUAAUCUCGCGCGAGGCGCAGCGCGAGCAGGAGCUGCGGCAACUGCUCAGCGAGCUGCACGCAGAGUUCGUGGCGGCAGGUGGCAAAAAAGGGACACAGACCUCGACGGAGGAGUACCGCGCAUGCGACAUUGGCCGCCUAUCCCUUGGCGAGCUGACUCCUUACAAGCCGGAGGACCGGGUGCCGCCGCCGGAGAGCAAGAGCGGCAUCUUUGUGCAGACGGACAAGAAGGUGGUGUGGCUGCCGGUGUGCGGCCGCGCCGUGCCCUUCCACGUGUCGACGGUGAACAGGGUGGAUGUCAAGGCUGAGGGCGGCAAGUACACCAUGGCAGUCACAUUCCAUACCAUGCAGGAGGCCAACGUGGGCUACAAACUGAACCCCACCAAAGUCUUCGUGAAGGAGUUGGGGUACUCGAGCUCGAGGGACGUGUUCACGGACUCUGCAAUCGCCAUUCAAGGCAUUCAGCAACGCAUCAAGAACGAGGACGCUGCCCGAAAGCGCGCCAUCACCUCUGCCUCCAACGGGAGGUUGACGGUGACGCCCAAUCCGCUGCGUCUCCCGACAGUGAAGAUUCGCCCGCCAAUCACGAACGCGAACCGUCAGAACAAGGGCUGCGUGGGCAAUCUCGAGCUGCAUGCCAACGGGCUGCGUUUCUCAUUUCUCGGUGGGACCCCGAUCGACAUGCUGUUCGAAAACAUCAAGCACGUCAUCUUUCAGCCUGCGGUGAAGAGCAUCUACGUGAUUUACCACGUUACGCUGCAGAAGCCGGUCGAGAUCAACCGCAAGAACGUGCUGGAGGUUCAGUUUGUGGCAGAGGUGAUGGAGAGCAGCGAGCUCGCGAGUGCUGCUCGGAGAUCGUUCGAAGAAGAGGUCCAGGCAGAGGAGCGCGAGGAGAUGCGCAUCCGGCAGACAAACAAACAGUUCAUCACCUUUGCCCACGCCGUGGAGGAGCGAAGCAAGAUUAAGACGCAGCUGCCCACGAACCAGUUCUCCUUCGACGGCGUUCACGCUCGCUCCAUGACCAUGUUUAAAGGCAAUCGCGAGGUCCUCUGGGCUAUCAGCGACACCCCAGCCUUCACACAGAGCGUCGGCGAGGUCGAGGUGGUUUCCUUCGAGCGCGUCAUCCCAGGCAGCGCGACGUUUGACAUGUCGCUCAUCCUGAAGGACUACAACAAGCCGGUCAUCACCAUCAACUCGAUCCCGCGCAACUCACUGGACCACAUUAAGGACUGGUGCCUGAGUGCACGGCUCUACUACAUGGAAACGACUGUGAACCCCAACUGGCGUGCCACAAUGAAGGAAAUCCGCGAAGACCCCGACUGGGACCCGUGGCUACGCGGGGACGGCUGGUCGGUGCUCAACAACGAGACGAACGACGAGGAGGACGAGGAGGAGGGCGACGAUUCCGACUCGGACUCGACGUACUACGAGGAUGAUGAUGAGUCCUCCGAUUCCGACGACAGCUCCUGGCUCGAGGACGAGGAGAGUGACCCGUCGUCAGGCAGCGACGAGAGCGACGAGUCCAGCGCCGCCAGCUGGGACGAACUGGAGCGUCGAGCAGCCGCCAAGGACCGUCAGAGGGACCUCAGCGACGACGACGACUAUCACCCACGUAAGCGGCAGCGUCCUGGUGCCGCGGUGCCUGCGCCACCGGCCGCGCCAACUACCCGACCCUCAAAGAUGCCGCUCAACAUGGCUGGGCGCGCAGGCGGCGGCGCUGUUCCGCCAGCGCGGCGAUUCUAG